UUCAGCGUUUAAUUUGUUCUAUCAAACGACGUCGUAUUGAUCUGGUUAUAGGAUAGCCAAAUUCUUACUCGACGCUCUCAUUCUUAUCAGUUUCUAUCAGCCGCCCGCGCCGCCAUCCUUCUCCGGCACCACCGUUGUCAAAGCAAGAGGAGUUAUGGCAAUGCACUGCAUCAAAUCAUUGAGAGGUAUUGUGAUCACUAAGGAGGCAAUCAGAAUAGUGAACCAGCGGACAUUUGCUACCAGCAAAGCGAAAAAAGGAGGCAAAGGGGGAGCAGCAGCCGAUGCACAAAAGGAAACACUUAGCAAAGAAGUUAAGUCUACCACUGUAGUUGGUGCCAACAUUCUCAAGGAUGGAGCAGAUCCCAAGAUCCUGCCAGAUUCUGACUACCCUGAUUGGUUGUGGCAUCUGCUCGAUAAACGUCUCCCAUUGAGUGAACUUAGACGGAAAAAUAUUGAAACUCUCCCCUAUGAGGAUCUCAAACGCUUUGUCAAGCUAGACAACCGUGCAAGUAUCAAGGAAAAUAACUCUGUGAAGGCCAAGAACUAACAUAAAACAAUUUGUAAGAGGUGUUAUCUUGAACUUCUUGUUAAGUUCAAUAGAUUCUUUUUGUCUGAGGUCCUUCAUGUGAUCUGAGUUGAAUUUAAUGACAAAAUGGAUUCGAGGAGAAAUGUUUUAGUAUAUAUCUGUGACUGUAUCUCAAAUCUCAGGGUGCCCCUUCUACAAUUUGUUUUUCUA